AUGAGUAAUGAUCACUCCAACAUUUUGAGUCAAGCUUUAUGUCUCCCAGAGUAUCCAGGUCAUGUUAGGGGAAUGGGAUUUGGAGUCGGUCAUAGAGAUUAUUUCUCGUCCAAAAAGCGUCAUACACACCAUGAGCAUGAUAAAUUAACUGCCCAAUUGAAAGAUAUGUCAGAAAGAAUGGCACGAAUGGAAAAGANGAUUUCGCUUCAAAACAUUGACACACCAAAUACUACUGAAGAAGUUAAUAUUAAUAGUGGCCAAGGGAGUUGCACAUUGUCAUCAAUUAGUUUUCCCGAGAUAACUGGAAUUACACUUCUACCUGGAACCAACAAACUCUAUUCUGGAAGCACUGAUGGGACCGUUCAAAUAUGGGAUUGUGAUAAAGGUCAAUGCAUUAAAGUCAUACAUUUUGGCACAGAGAUUAACUCUUUGAUAAGUGAGGGGCUAUGGAUUUUUGUGGGUUUGAAAAAUGUUGUCAAGGCUUUGAAUACCAAGAACGAUUUAGAGUUCACUCUUGAUGGACCCAAAGGACAGAUCUUUCACAUGAUUGUUGGAAACAACAUCCUUUUUGCCGGGGCAGAGGAUGGUGUCAUUACUGCUUGGAGAGAAAACACUGAAGCUAAGUCUCCUUUUGAAUUGGUUGGCUCACUGAUCGGCCAUACUAAAUCUGUGGUUUGCCUAACUGUUGGGCGUAAUAUGUUGUACUCAGGAUCAAUGGACCAAAGCAUAAAGGCUUGGGACAUGGAUACAUUACAAUGUACAAUGACACUCAAUGAGCAUACUGGUGUAGUCACAUCCCUUCUUUGUUGGGAGUAUUAUUUGUUCUCAAGUUCAUCUGAUGGCACAAUUAAAAUCUGGGAAUGCAAGGAAGUGGGAACUAAUUUGACCGUGNUAUAUACACACAAGGAGAAAAGUGGUAUUAUAUCACUAUUUGGGAUGCAUGAUGCAAAUCGCAAGCCAAUAUUGUUUUCCUCUUGUACAGACAAUUUAGUUUGCAUGUACGAAUUGCCAUCAUUUUUAGAGAGGGGUCGUUUGUUUGCUAAGAAAGAGAUUACAUCAUUUGAAUUAGGCGUUGAUGGAGGACUCUUCUUUACUGGAGAUGGGACUGGUUUGCUUAAGAUAUGGAAAUGGAAUGAGUUACCUAAGGUNACAUCGAAUUAAGAUGUUAUCAAAGUAAUGAUUUUUCAGACAUGAAUUUUUCUUUUGUUAUCAAAGUAAUGAUUUACAAACAUGUAAAAAUAUUGUACCU